CCGCGCGCCGAUGCUCCGUACAUCGAACGUUGCGCGUUACCGGUUAUAGGCCUCAAGGUCGAACGAGGGCGCGUCUCCCGACUCUUACUGACCUGUACGUGCGACGCAGUAGAUUGCGUCGAACGCAGCCCUGUAGCGGACGUUUCCGCCGUUGAAAGUGACGACGACGACGGACACGACGGAGACGACGGAGACGGUGGUCUCCAGCCAGGAGAACGACGGGACAAUGGCAGCGAAGAUGCAGCACUGUGAGCCACCUAGUUCAGCGAGUUCUGAGAGCGACGACGCCGAUGUGUGCUUGGACGACCGAGAGAUCUGCCUCGUGGACGAGCUGUGCGAAGAUGCCGAACAUCACAGGCGUUCCGACGUCGGCACGCCGACUCCGCAGUCGCCCCGGCCACCGUCCACAGGGUCGCAGAAGUCACCGCGGUCGCGCAGACAACGUACCACCAGUAUGUCGCAGUCAAGCAAGAAGACAUCGGCUGAGUCGAUUCUCAGAAGCAAAACGCGAACUAUUUACACGGCUGGUAGGCCACCUUGGUACAAUUCGGCCGGUCAACAAGUGGAACCGUUUGUCAUCGGCAUUUGCGGUGGCAGCGCGUCUGGCAAAACAACAGUAGCGACGAAAAUUAUAGAAUCUCUGGACGUUCCUUGGGUUACUCUUCUGAGUAUGGAUUCAUUUUACAAGGUGUUGAACGAAAAGCAACACGAUAUGGCUGCACGCAACGAAUACAACUUUGAUCAUCCUGAUGCUUUUGACUUCGAGCUUCUCAAGACUACAUUGCAACGUUUGAAGGAAGGACGAAUGGUGGAAGUUCCUAUUUAUAACUUUGUAACGCAUAGCAGGGAGAGUAGAACGAAAACCAUGUACGGUGCCAACGUCAUUAUAUUCGAGGGAAUAUUGACUUUCUACAACGUCGACGUGUUGAAAAUGUGCGACAUGAAGGUUUUCGUCGACACCGACGCGGACAUUAGACUCGCCAGACGCUUGAAGAGGGAUAUCUCGCAAAGAGGAAGGGAUCUUGAGGGUGUGUUGAAACAGUACAGCACGAUGGUUCAACCCGCGUUUUACUACUACAUCGCACCUCUCAUGGUCCAUGCGGACAUCAUCGUGCCGCGCGGAGGCGAGAACGAAGUGGCAAUAGAGCUGAUCGUGCAACAUGUUCACACUCAACUUCAGUUGAGGGGCUUCAAACUGAGGCAGAAGCUGGCGCACUCGUACAUCGGCCAACCAUUGCCGUCGUCGCUCUACUUGCUUCCGGAUACGCCACAGAUCAAGGGUCUGCACACGUUUAUACGCAACAAGGAGACUUAUCGGGAUGAAUUUAUCUUCUAUUCGAAACGAUUAAUCCGCCUGGUCAUCGAAUACGCUUUAUCUUUGUUGCCAUUCGAGGAAGUGACGAUAGAGACCCCGCAAGGGGUGUUGUACAACGGCAAGCGGGGCGCGACGGACAAGAUAUGCGGCGUAUCCAUAUUGCGCGCCGGCGAGACCAUGGAACAGGCUGUUCGGGACGUGUGUAAAGACAUUCGAAUAGGAAAGAUUCUGAUCCAAACCAACCAACAGACCGGCGAACCCGAGCUAUAUUACCUCCGACUACCGAAGGACAUCAAGGAUUACAAAGUGAUCUUGAUGGACGCCACGGUCGCCACCGGUGCGGCUGCCAUUAUGGCGAUCAGAGUGUUGUUGGACCACGACGUCGCCGAAGAGAACGUGCUCCUGGUGUCGCUGCUGAUGGCGGAAUCCGGCGUGCAUUCGAUCGCGUAUGCUUUCCCGCGUGUGAAGAUCGUCACGUCCGCGUUGGAUCCCGAGAUCAACGAAAAGUUCUACGUUCUACCCGGCAUCGGGAACUUCGGCGACAGAUACUUCGGCACCGAGCCCUCUUCCAUUGACGACUGAGCUGCCGCAAUUCUUGGAUCUCUCCGUUCAAACCGCAUAUUCGAUGAUGUUUAAAUUGUGAUAUCAACACGACUACGAAACGAUCUAUCGUAUCUUUAAUAAAAAGAUACAUUAUUAUUGCGAAUUUGCGACCAAGAUGUUUUGGUUUUCAUAUCAUAGACUAGCGCUAUUAAAUGUUAUUUUGAUUUACGCAUGGACGAUCGUGUGCAGGUAAACAUUAUUAAACCUUUUAUUUUAA